AAUAUCGCAAGCUAUGCAUUCGUCUGCUCACGCUGAGCGCCAAUUCUCCGAAUGCAUACUCGGUCGCUACGUGCCUUUCGCUCAGCGGCACUUAGCUUACAGAAACCUCCAUUAGCGACACAUCCUGGUCGACUUUUUCACGCCUCUACCCCUGUCAGAGCUGCCGAUGAUGGCAAUACCGGGCCCCGCGACGACGGAAGUAAGCCCGAGAAGGAGAACGGAGUUGGGGAGAACGACAAUGGGGACGAAAAAUUAUUUGGAGAGAAUACUUUAGCAACAGAUGGGAAGAAUCAGGGUCGGAAGAGGCCCGGAAAUGGCUCCUUGAAGUCUCGCAUCGUGCGCAAUCGGAGACCUGAAGAGCUGCCCCCUGUCCAUGUGCCCAAGUCGUUUCUUUCCAAGGCUAUUAGUCGUUCUGGAGAUACGGAGACGCAUUCUGGACUUAGCAAGAUUAGUGAGAGGGAUGCGCGUAUUAUGCUAGAGGAUGCAUUAUUCCAUUCGCCAAAGGAGCGAAUGUUAGAUGCGCAUCUCGCUUAUCUAGUCGAAGCUACGGCAUGGACCGAUGAGACGCUAGCUGAAGUUCGACAAAUGCUAGACUCUGAUAUAGAUGCGGAUUUGAUACAAAGAAAGGGGAAUAUAUUAGUUGCUGCCGCUUUCUGGGCUGCGGUCAUGUCGGCUCGGAUGACCCACGGAAAGAAGGCGGUCGACCAGUUGCAUGAGCAGAGUCCGGUUUCAAAUUCGGGGGAUCUACUCACAGCUCUCACAUACGGGAGGCUAUUUGCCGCGGGAGAGGAGCUGCCACAGCUAAGCCAUGCUAAACAAAUAAUUGACAAUGCGUUGAACGACUCUCCUCUGGAAGCGUCCACAGUCAGCUGGUUUGAGGAGGAACUGAUCGAGGAUGUUGUAGCCUCCGUCAACGCGGAUUUGUUAAUACAAGCCCCAGAGAAUGUCAAGCUCACAGAUCUACGGCGGCCUAUUACAAUCAUCAAUACACCUGAAAGCUCGGGGUAUUUCGUACCCCACGACAUCUUACGCCACGUUGCUACUAAGUUAGAGGCUGAUGUCCUACAUCUAAAGUCUUCUGACAUUGCGUACAUCGUUGGUAGUUACCUUGGACAAGACCCUGUGAGAGCGCCCGGCGCGAUAUCACAAUUAGGAUAUAAAGCUGCGGAGAAUAGCGGAAGAUUAAAACGAAACCGUUCCGCUGAGGAAGCGGACGAAUCUGAGGAUGUUAGGUUGCCUUUCAUCGUGCGUGAUGACGGACGUAGGAAAGAGAGUAAGAACUACUUGGUACUAAUGGACGAAUACCUAAACGGGUCAACCCGAAGAAAAGACGACGAUCUCUGGAAGGACCUCAAAUUGAGCGCGGUGCUGGAAGAGCUUGUGCACUGCGCCGAUUCCGAGCCUCCCGAGCAGAGGCCGCUCAUCGUUCACAUCAAUGACUAUAACGCUAUCAAUAUGGACACGGCGUGCGGUGCCAUGAUCAUAGCCAAACUUCGAAAAACCGUCGAUGCACUCUGGGCAGACGGUCGAAAAAUCGUGCUAGUCGGGUCUUGUUCAACUAAGGGCGCGCCGAAGCCUUAUAUCAGCAACCUAAGAGAACUCGAAUCAUCAGAACGCGUGAUUACUCUCCGUCCAGCUACGGAAGGGUAUAUAGCGCGAAGCGCAUUGGCAAACGGAAUUAUGUCCGAUACUACAACCCUAAGGGUAAGCAAAAUCAUAUCUGGAGUUAGCAGUGCAAUGGCAAGACGAAUCAUGUUUGAAAACAAGCGCCAGUAUCUGGAAGCAAGGGAUUUUAUAAAAGAAAACGAGGAGAAUCUUGUGAGAAUAUUAUCAUCCAUGAUUGAGCCUCCCUCCGAAUCCCUAAUAGCGACAACCGGGGAGAUUAAGUUGAGUCAAAUAGACUACAGAAAGCUACCAGAGUCAUGGACGAAGAGCAUUUUGCCUCUUAAUGAGGUGUAUCGCAUCGCAACCAUGAUGAUUGGUUACUCUAAGGACCCGAGCGAUGUAUUUAACAUUGAAUCCUUAGAACGAGUUGUCGACAUUGUCGAAAGACAUGAGAGGUUAAGAGACAGAUACGCCAAGAUUACAGCGGCAGGGGAAAAGAACCAGCGAAGGGAAUCGAAAGAGUUUAUCGACGCGCGCAAGCUCUUCUCUUCAGAAGAGGACCACGAAGAGAGGCUUGAGUCAGGUCUUGUGAAUGCACAGGAUAUUCGCACUACGUUUCAGGAUGUCCAUGCACCGAAGGAGACGAUCGAGUCGGUUAAGAUGCUAACUACGCUUUCUCUGAUCCGACCUGAGGCUUUCUCUUAUGGUGUCCUUGCUACAGAUAGAAUCCCGGGGUGCCUUUUAUACGGACCUCCCGGCACGGGCAAGACGCUAUUAGCGAAGGCGGUGGCUAAGGAGAGCGGGGCCAAUAUGAUCGAGAUUUCGGGUGCAUCUAUCAACAACAAGUUCGUCGGCGAGAGCGAGAAGAACGUGCGGGCCCUAUUUCAGUUAGCCAAGAAGAAGGAGCCGUUAGUAAUCUUUAUCGACGAAGCGGAUGCGCUUCUCGGCGCUCGAGGCAGACGUGACCUAGGUUCCCGCCGUGAGACAAUCAACCAGUUCCUACGCGAGUGGGACGGGAUGGACAAAACAAAGGCGUUCAUCAUGGUAGCGACGAACCGGCCAUUCGACCUAGACGAGGCUGUGCUCCGGCGACUACCCCGUAAGCUACUAAUCGACCUCCCCCUCGAGGCCGACCGCGCGGCAAUCCUCCGGAUCCACCUCAAAGACGAGAUCCUAGACGAGGAAUCCGUCUCAAUCGAAAACAUCGCCAAGCGCACGCCCCUGUACUCAGGCUCAGACCUCAAGAACGUGUGCGUGGCAGCGGCCAUGGCGGCUGUCAAAGAGGAGCUGGAGCUAGAACAACAACAACAGCAGCAGCAGCAGCAGCAUCAACAGCAACAAGAAGGCAAAUCCGAGGAGAGUAGCGACGGCAUGAAGAGGCGCGUGCUCGCGGCCCGGCACUUCGACAAGGCGCUCCAGGAGAUCGGGGCCAGCGUGUCCGAGGACAUGGCGACGCUGACGGCGAUCCGCAAGUUCGACGAGAAGUACGGGGAUGGCGGGGCCGCGAAGCGUCGCAGGCGUAAGGGUAUGGGGUUUGGGGUGGGGCCGGAGGCGGUGGAUGCGUCGGAGGCUAGGGUUAGGAGUGGGAGGUAAGGUGAGGUGAGGUGUUUGUGCAUGGACGGGGCUGGGGCUUAUUGUCUGUAUAUUAGGUGAUAUACUGGCCUUGCAAUGAAUCUACUGUGUAUAUCGGAUUACUGACAGCCUGACCUUGUGUCUUCUACCCUAUUCUUCCCCAUUUUGCAGUUCUAAAGUUCCGGUCCUUUUCCCUCUUCUGCCUCUGUUUCUACUAGUAUCUUUAUGGGGUUUGCCUCUCUUCCAGCCCGCUGCUUGUAGAUUUCAUGUUUCAUGUCGUGUAACCCCAGAUGCAGCCUCAUCUCUCCAUCUCUGCUUCCACCCUAU